CUACACCCCCCCACCCCCAAUUGCAGGGGCAUUCAUGUAUGGUGUCAUGGAUGGAGACGCGAGUCUGGGAUUAGCUCAUUAAGACAGACAUCUUUGAUCCGAAGUUAUCUCUCCCUUUUCCACGGCAACUUGAUCAUAUCCUGGCCUCUUAAGCGCACGGACCCACACAAGGGCAAACACACACACAACGGGUCUUAAAGCCCCUAGAGAGCAGGGCCCAACAAAGAUGUGAAGUGUAGAUGUGCAGCAACAGCUAAAUGUCGUGUCAGGUUUCUGGGGGCUCGUGCUAAAUUUAACCCUGUGAUCCUGCAGCAGGCAGAGGGGUUUAAAUGCCAGCCUACAGUUGCUCCACACCAGUUGUUCUCCACACGUCUUCCACUCAUCACAAACUUAGAGCUGUGGAUGAAGAGAGGCACACAAACGUACACUCAGACACUCAUGCUCCAAGCACAGGACUGAAGACAACAUACAGUAGCGCAAGUUCCACGGGAGGCCGGAAUUUUUUGUCCCUUUUUAAGAUCACUUGUUGUCCAGGAUGGAGCUUUUUGAGACCAACCCUUACUUCUUCCCUGACCAGCGCUUCUACGAGGGAGGGGACAGCUACUUCCCCUCUCGCCUGCCUGGGGGGUACGACCAAGGUGCCUACCAGGAUAGAAACUCCAUGAUGGGCCUGUGUGGGGGUCUGUCUGGGGGCGUUGGAGUCGGGAUGACAGGGACAGAGGACAAAGUGUCUCCGUCCAGCAUGUCGCCUCACUCCGAGCCUCACUGCCCGGGUCAGUGCCUGCCCUGGGCCUGCAAGCUGUGCAAAAGGAAGACGGUGACCAUGGACCGCCGGCGAGCGGCCACUCUUCGGGAGAAGAGGCGUCUGAAGAAGGUGAACGAGGCUUUCGAUGCCCUGAAGAGAAGCACCUUGAUGAACCCAAACCAGAGGCUGCCUAAGGUGGAGAUCUUGAGGAGCGCCAUCCAGUAUAUCGAGAGGCUGCAAGCCCUCGUGUCCUCCCUCAACCAGCAGGACAAUGAGACAGGACAACAAGGACUGCACUACAGACCCAGUGGGGCCCAGCCCAGAGUGUCGUCGUCAAGUGAACCCAGUUCAGGCAGCACCUGCUGCAGCAGCCCCGAGUGGAGCAGCACUCCGGAGCAGUGCACACAGAGCUACGGCAGCGAGGAUCUCCUGAGUGCUGCAGACUCUCCAGAGCACGGGAACAUGCAGGCUCUGACCUCCAUUGUAGACAGCAUCUCUGCAGCAGACGGAGCUGUGGCUUUUCCUAUGGACAUUCCCAAAUAAACCCUCCACUCAGCAGACCCAUGGGUGCAGAAAAUAGGAAAAUGACUUAUUGGCAAAGCAGGCUGAAGAACAGUCCAAAAUUCCAAUUUAAUUUAUUUAUUUCCAACUCUACUGAUCUGUCUUAUGCUCAAAUUUAACAGUAGGGAUUCAUUUAAAUUGUCACUCUGUUGAAAAUGGGUCUGCUAGCUAAACUGAAUUCCUCCGUUUCACAGUGAGGCCUUAUUCCCUUUAUUCCUCGCCUUAUCCAGACCAGUCUGUCACAGCCACAGGAGCUUAGUCUAACCAAAGAUUAAAAGACUUUGCUGCAUGAACCUAAAACCUAGUUCCUAAAGGGGACCUCUGUAAGUCUGUCCUCGAGGCUGAUUGAACCACAGAGGAGUGUUUAGGUCAAUCUUUCUCUUUUCUUAA